GUAAUCCCUGCUCUGGUGAAGGCCUGACCUCUCUUGGAGCUCCCAGGCACUUCCUUACUCUUCAGAGUCUCUUUGUCAGUAUUAGUUUCAUCCAGACAUUAAUAUUUCUCUCUGACCUGAUCAUGGACUUCACAGUGCAAGGAGGUGUUUAACUCAAGGGCAUGGUCCACAUUCUCCACAGGGCAAUGUCUAGGAUGCAGGUGGUGGUUUGCUCUCAAGAAAAGCCCUUUCUUGCUGCGGGCUAGAAAGGGAACCUGGCUGGUCCUGGCUUCCACUGCUUGUGGAGCCUGUCUCAUGGAAGAGGCAGCAGCCUCUCUCCACUGAAUUUGUCCUCAGUGUCAAGUGCUGUUAUAGGAUAUAAACUACAGGAGGGGAAUGUCAAGAUUCCUCCAGGGUCACAGACAGAAGUGUCUACUCACAAAAUGUCUUGAUUAAUUAAUGCAAUGGAAUACCUUCAGGACUGGUGGGCAGAAAACACAUCUGGAGUGGGGGACAGCCCUGGUACAUCACUGCAGCUGCCUGACUUCUAAAGCCAUUCAGGAAGGAAAAAGGUGCAGAGGUUCACCGGUGACCAGUUUUAACUCAAUAUAUAACAAGUCAUAGGAAAGUGGUUCUGCCAUGUUUUGUCUACUUUUUUAAGGCCAAGGAGCUCAGGACCUGGUGAUAUAAUUGAUGUCACUUUGGUGUCUGUAUUGAUGUCAGGGAGUUAGGGGGAUAUAUGGGCUGCCCUUCAUCUGUUGGCAGCAUAGCUGCAUCUACUACCAGUAGCUUUACACCAGGUCAUCAAAGCUAUUACAAAUCCAGUAUUUCAGGAUUAAAAGAUUUCUUCUGGACUAUAGCUAAUGGUUUCCUGAUUCAAUGUCCAUUGUAGUUUACUAGAGAAUAACACAAUUAUUUGGAUUGGUUUGGAAAGGCACUUUUUGAAUUGUCGGGCUAUAAGAAUAGGCUGAAGGCAAGUGUUCCUGUGUUGGAGAUACUGUGGGUACUGUACCAGGGAAUGAGGCCAUAGUACCUCUGUGCCAUUAGUGUCUGCGGCUGGCAUGUACUUUUUGAGACGAUUUGCGGCUAACAAUGGCUUAUUGUACUUCUCUUGGGUCUAUGUCCUAAUGCAAACACUCCUUUGGUUUGUAUAACCUUUUCGCCAUUUUCAGUCAAGUUGUUUUUGCAGAACAUGCUGCUUUAGUCUUGUUUGAGUGUUACUUGGUUACCCUCAGGGAUAAGACCUGAGUAAUUUUUUUUCUUGUGGACUUUGGCAGACUUUCACUUGGACUUAGUGCUGACUGCUGGCUUUUGCAAGCCUUUGCAGUAAAGCUGUCAAGAUCCAACUGAAUAACAUUAGCUGGGCACAGCCGUGGCAAAGCCUCCUCUGUGGAGCUCAUUGUCUGAUGACACCAAAGGCAAACACGGACUCAGGGAGGUAUAAUGUUGAGACCAAGUCAGAGCAACCCAGGGAAGAGGCCAAAGUAGUCACUAGACAGAGGUUUCCAUGCAGUAUUCACCAGUAGGUUUCGGGUAAAAGUACAUAAUGGAAUAAUCACUAAAACUGGGCCAGAAAAUGAGAAAAGCCUGACACUGGAGUUUAAAUAUCCCUCAGGCUCAGGGGGUGUUUUAUGAAGCAACAUAACUCUAGAAAAGUAGAGCAGUCUUCUUCUCAGGGACAGAGCUGUUUUCUGUGCCUUGGAGUUGUUUUUCAGCUGUUGCAGGGUUACUUACUGCAUGUGUGCUAAUCACAUGAUUUCUUUCUGCUUUGUGUUGGAACUGGCCUCAAGUUGCACCAAGGGAGGUUUAGAUUGUAUAUUAGGAAAAAUUUCUUCACUGAAAGGGGUGUCAACCAUCGGAACAGACUGCCCAGGGAAGUGGUUGAGUCCCCACCCCUGGAGGUAUUUAAAAGACUUGUAGAUGUGGCACUUGGGAACACGAUUUAGUGGUGGACUUGGCAGUGCUGGGUUAAUGGUUGAACUCAAUGAUCUUAAAGGUCUUUUCCAAUGAAAUGGAUUCUGUGACAAAGAAGCAAGGGUCAGGCAAAGACAUGCACCUUCAAGAGGAAGUGCUGAAUUUUUGUGGUUUAGGAGAGAGGUAGGACAAUGCCAGGUUCAAAGUGCCACUAGGAGACUUGAAAGGUGCUUUUGAGGUAUGGUUGAGUGAGUUGGAUGCCUGUUUGUUCAUAGCUAGAGGAAUGGCUGGAUAGAUGGACAAAUAGAGCACCAAGAGAUCAUCUCAUGAGUUCAGUGCUUGCCAGACUGCAAAUAUAUUCAGUAACUGUCUCCACUAUAAUGCUGACAGAUGCUUUGGUGCUGCUUAGCCCAUUGCUCCGUUGUUUCUUGGGUGCACACUGCUGCAAAAUGCCAAGGCUGACUUUCUUAGUCACCUCACACAAAAGCCUGAGCAGCUUCGAAAUGGUCAGGUUACUCUCAAAACUCAUUCACUUCUCAUGAUAAGAAAGCCUGUAUUUUAACUUGGAAAGAGGCACUAAAAGGAUCAGGCACAAGCAUGGCUUUAGUCCUGCUUCAGUGAACUCUUCUUUCUGCACUCUUUUCAUGAACAGAACUAGCUGUAGGUGCAGCCUUAUAUCCUCAGUCAAGGCUGCAGGGAAGGAUCCAGCCCCACGCACUGCCUUGCAGCCACUACUGCAGCUCUGGAUAUCAGUGACCAAGCUCCUAAGCCAUGUCAAGGGCUGAUGAACUUUGCUGUAUUUUCAUCCAAGGUCUGACCUCGGGAUUCGUGACCUGUGAAUGCACCGGUACAUAUUACAAAGGCAAUACUUUAAGAAUAUAAAUGUUCUCUCUCCUUCCUUGUUUGUCUUGGUUACCUUUAUAGCCUUAUCAAUGUCUUUUUGAAUCUACAGUCAUUUUUCUUGCAGCACAAAGAGGAGGAAGAAUGAGGUGAAUCACUGAAAUCUUGAUUGAUAAGUGGGAUUUAGAAAACAAUGCUUAGUCUUUUCAUACGGAGCCAAAAAUUUUUUUCCAUUAUUUAUCAGCACUCACCUAUCUGUGACUUGAAAAAGAACCCAACAGACAACAACUUUUUCUUGAUAGUGUCUGUACCUAAACUUCAGUCAAACACUUUAGCAAAAAUUCUAUGCCUUUCAAAACUAUGUCUGCUGAUUUACCUUGUUUUAGCUUUUUUUUUUAGUGUGCUGCUUUUUCCAGAGAGGCAUGCAGAUGGGCCUGGAUACUCUGUCAAUCUCUCUUGAGUGGUGCUUGAGAGUGACAAGGCUCAUCCCACUGAUUUUUUAAUGUUCUUUUUUUUCAGAAGAAUAUCUAAAUGGGAUGUUUUUUACGACUUUUAGAACUCCAUGUUCCUCAAAACAAAAGAAAUACAGAAAUAAUUAUACGAACUCAUCGUGUCAGUUGCACAGGUCUAUUUAACUGUCUGAUAGCAAAGAAAAUACUCUGGGAACUGGAAAGAUUUCCCCAGACCUCUAUAUUUAAAGAAAUAUAAUCCUGGUAUCCACUUGUUUCAUCCGUCAAUACAUUCACACUCAGAAAUGUCCAUUCUCUUGCUGUAAUUUAAUGUUUGAUACAAUUUUAUUUGAUUCUUUGCCAUGCUCUGGGUUCCGGUUGUGUGCUCUCUGCUGAUCAAUGAGUAGAUACGAGAAAAGCAGACAGCAGCCAUGGAAAGGAGCCUGUCUCCAACUGGCAGACAUCCACUCUGCUUAGGAGGGUUUUCCAGAAUCUCACCAGCUGAGGUGCAGCCCCAUAAGUUUAAAUAUACUGUGAAUUUGCAAACAAAGAGCAUUUGCAUAGCGUGGUGCUUCCUGCCUAUUUUUCUUUCAUAGAAGUAAAACCUGAAUUUCAUUCAAGCCCCCUGAAUAAUGAGGAACGUUUGGAAAUGUAUUGCUUUAAGCCCUUCUACUCUGCUCCCUUUAAAGCGCAGCCCCGGGGGCACUGCUGAGGAUGGCCGGUUUGGGCCCCCUGGCCAGGCGCUGGAGCAGAUCUGUGGCACAGAUGGUCUCACUUACACCAGUGAAUGUGGGAUAUGUGCCCAUAAUGUGUCAGUCUGAUGGAAAGAACGUGCUUUCCGAGUGACAGUCCCCUAGCCCCUGGCCUCUCCCUGUUCGUUUCCAAUUUAUCCUCUUUUUCUCCCUUUUCACUCGUUGUUUGUGCUUGGAGGGAAAUCAUGAAGAUUUAGUGGAGAAAACAGUCAAAGAAAAUAUCUGGAGUGGAAAUCCAGAUGAUGCAGUAUAUUCAGAUGGCACAGGUUUGUUGACUGGUAGGAAUAUAAUAGCCAGAGACAGUAUAACCACUUCAUUACUGGUGGUUAACUCAGAUGAACUCUCCUUCACUUGCACUAUUUGGGAGUUUUAUUUACAUUCCCAGCACCCAACCCCCUUUGGGAAAAUGGUCAUACUGUCUCUAAUAUCAGACUUUUCCUUCUUCAGGGAAGAUGGCACACCCAGAGUCUCAGGAACAGCAGUCAUCCCAGUGACUAAGAAGGCAGGCAAACUAAGAAGCAGCCUGAUCUCCCAUUGCUCUCUGUGGCAUCAUCCCAAAUAAUGUCAGUCGGAUGCUGAGCAGGCAGCACACGAUUGGACAGAAUAUGAAAUCGAUACUGGCAAAAAAUUCAAUGGAAAAUGUAGACCAAGGAAGUCUUUGUUCAGCCUUUGAGAGGCCAUCUCAUGAUCAGAGCAGGAGCAGGCAGCCUGCAGACUCAAGACAUACUUCCAACAUGACCACAGCGGGUGUUUUUGUGCUCCUCUCCUUUGUGCUUUGCUGUUUCCCAGAUGCUGCCUUUGGGGUGGAGGUGGACUGCAGUACAUACCCCAACACUACAAAUGAGGAAGGCAAAGAGGUGUUGGUCUGUGCCAAGAUCCUCAGCCCCAUCUGCGGUACUGAUGGAGUCACCUACAGUAACGAGUGCCUGCUCUGUGCCCACAACAUAGAAAACGGAACCAAUGUUGGCAAAGAUCAUGAUGGAAAAUGCAAGGAAGCUGUCCCUCAGGUGGACUGCAGUGGGUAUCCCAACACAACAGAUGAAGAAGGUAAAGUGGUGUUGCUCUGCAACAAAGAUGUCAGCCCCGUCUGUGGUACUGAUGGGGUCACCUAUGACAACGAGUGCCUGCUGUGUGCCCAUAAUCUAGAGGCUGGAACCAGUGUUGACAAGAAGUAUGACGGUGAAUGUAAGAAGGAAGACACUACAGUUGACUGCAGUGACUACCCUAAACCCGCCUGCACACUUGAGUACUUGCCUCUCUGUGGCUCUGACAGCAAAACAUACAGCAACAGCUGUAGCUUCUGCAAUGCAGUCGUGGACAGCAAUGGGACUCUCACUUUAAGCCAUUUUGGAAAAUGCUGAGUAUCAGUGCUGAGAGAAUUCACCACAGGAUGCCCACUGGCAAAUCCCAACUAAAAAUCUCACCUCAGUUCAUCUUGCCCUCUGGGGAACUCAGCUCACUCCUGAUUUUCUUUCUCAAUAAACUAAAUCAGCAACA